CGUGACACGGCUGGCGCGGGCGGGCCCGUCCCCCCUGCCCCUGGGUCGCUCUUUUUAAGCUCCCCUGAGCCGGGGCUGCGCUCCUCUAAUUGGGACUCCGAGCCGGGGCUAUUUCUGGCGCUGGCGCGGCUCCAAGAAGGCAUCCGCAUUUGCUACCGGCGGCGGCGGCGGAGCCAGGCCGGUCCUCAGCGCCCAGCACCGUCGCUCCCGGCAGUCCCCGCAGCGCAGCGCAGCACAGGCCGGCGCCCGAGCUCGCGCAUCCCAGCACUCAGUCCUUACCACUUCGUAGAGAAGGAAGAUGAGCGAGUCGAGCUCCAAAUCCAGCCAGCCCUUGGCCUCCAAGCAGGAAAAGGACGGUACUGAGAAGCGCGGCCGAGGUAGGCCACGCAAGCAGCCUCCGAAGGAGCCUAGUGAAGUGCCAACACCCAAGCGACCUCGAGGCCGACCAAAGGGGAGCAAAAACAAGGGCACUGCCAAGACCCGGAAAACCACCACAGCUCCAGGGAGGAAACCAAGGGGCAGACCCAAAAAACUGGAGAAGGAGGAAGAGGAGGGCAUCUCGCAGGAGUCCUCGGAGGAGGAGCAGUGACCGCGCAGUGCCGCCUGGGGGCCGCGAGGAGCCGCUUCCUUCUGGGACUGGACGCUGGCUCCGGCCCCGCCCCGCCCGCCCGCCCCACCGCACACUACCGCUCACCAGCUGCAGGGCUCUGCGGCCGCGUGGGGGGCCUCAGUCCCGCACCCCUCCUGCCCACGCGCACACACUUGCCUCUUCUCUUCCCAGACAAGGCUAACGUCCUCGUAGCCGCAGCCUGCCUGCCCCGUCCCUCCCUUGGAGACGCUGCUCUCAGGCCCUUGGCUUGGGAGCCGCAGCUCCUGUGGCCUCUGUCUGGGAGCACUCCCCUGGCCUUAAAGGGGUCCCAAGCCCCAUCUCAUUCUGACAAGCCCACUCGGCUGAACUGGCAGCAGGUGUUCCCAGAAUAGGGGGAUGCAUAGAGCCCAGGAUGCCCCAACCAAAACUGUCAGGGGGGUUCUCACCCAGUUCCUCCCACUACCUGGUGUAGGACAAGCUCUUGGGGUACGGGGAGCAGCAGGGCAUGUGUUGAAGCCCCUUCCACUUCCCAUUCCCUGAGACCUGGUACCCACUGCUGUGACCAUCACCACUUACCUAAGUUUCCUCUGGCAGGCUUGGGGUGCUCCCAACCUCCCUGCUUCCAACCUAGGCUUUCCUUCCAGUGGGGCACUAAUAAGGAGCUAGCCCCGCCCCUCCUGCUCCACCCUGCCCCCCAAGGUUCUGGUUCCAUCUUUUCCUCUGUUCACAAACUACCUCUGGACAGUUGUGUUGUUUUUGUUCAAUGUUCAUUCUUAGAAAUCCACCAUUGCUGCUACCAGCGCGAACGUUCAUCCUCGUCACCUGCUCUGCCUGAAUCCCUCCCCAGACAGGGAAGGGGGGCUGGGGCACCGCUGGCGGGAUUGCUGACCACCCAGGUCCCAGGGAGGGUGGGGCCUAGCCCCCUGGAUGCUGCAGCAAAGUGAGGAGGGUGGCCCCACACUGACCACAAGGGUAUAGGGGCCACCUCCCCCCUUGUUCUGUUGGAGAGGGGGGUGGCCAUUUGUCCCAGCCUAGGCCCCUCUGUUUUCCUACUUGCAGUUACUUGAAUAAAAAACCCUUUUCUGGA